GUAGUAUUGUAAGCCUGACAUCAGGUUGGAGGUGCUAUGUGGCCCACACCCAAGAACAUGCUGUGAGCAAGUCAAGAGUGCGUGUAGAGCGGUGUGUUCCAAUGGGAUGCUGUCACAGCUGAGAUCAUUUUCAUGCAUGAACCUUAUGAAUGAGGGAAGAUAAGUUACAAUUUUAAAAAGUACCUAGGAAUUCUGACCACCUAGAAUACCAUGGUAAGCCAUGAGACCCCUCCAGAUUGAAUCAGGAAUGUAUGGUGCUGAGUCUUCUAACUGCCCCAGGCAAGGGUCUCCUAGCAUUAUUCCUUCCACCUGUCUGGUCCCAAAAACUGACCUUUGUAAGGAUUUUUUCUUAACCAUUUUCAUUAUGUGGAGAAAGUGUUUUUCCUAGUACUUUUCAUAUUGUGUGCUUGGUUAUGUGUCCUCUUUGAAAUAGUGUACAAGACAUGAGAUCCUGAAGAGUUUGGGGUAUUUGUACCCUUCAGAGUAUGAUGCUCCAGAAACCCUCUGCGGCAGGAGCUCCUGUGCCUGGCUGGCUCCUCCAGUGAGAUCCCGGACCCAAUACUGCCCCUCCUCUGACUCAGGGCUAGGGAUGUAGCCCAGGGCGCCCACCCAGGGCCACCUCUCUCCUCCCUGCUCUCUCUAGACCUUGGAAGGUUCCACUGCGAGAUCACAGGGCUGCUGGGGGCCCAAUGACCAGGUGGUGACCAGACUCAAGGCCUGCGGACCCAGCCCAGUGCAGGUUGCUGGGAGGAACCCUUGAGCACGCCCAAGAAUCAAGGGAGCAGGAAGGAGCUCUGAGGCUCAGUACCACAGUGGAAUUCUGCUCUCAUUGGCCUGUAAGAAUUGUGAAGCUUCACCAUGUAGCAGGGACUCCAGCGCUCCCUUGCAGAAAAACAAUGGAAAGAGAGCAAGGGCCAGAAGAAAGGUGCAGAAGUGAACCAGAGAGCAGCGUGAGGAGGCAUCAUCACAUCCGCAUGGUGGCCUGAAGCUUCCAUGCCACGGCAGGAGGAGGAACUCGCAGUCAUCCAGAGGAGAAGCCAAAGAUGUUGACUAGAAAGAUCAAACUCUGGGACAUAAAUGCCCACAUCACCUGCCGCCUGUGCAGUGGGUACCUCAUUGAUGCCACGACAGUGACAGAGUGCCUGCAUACAUUCUGCAGGAGCUGCCUGGUGAAGUACCUGGAGGAGAACAACACCUGCCCCACCUGCAGGAUCGUGAUCCACCAGAGUCACCCGCUGCAGUACAUCGGUCAUGACAGAACCAUGCAGGACAUUGUUUACAAGUUGGUGCCAGGCCUCCAGGAAGCCGAAAUGAGGAAACAGAGGGAGUUCUAUCACAAGUUGGGCAUGGAGGUGCCAGGCGACAUCAAGGGGGAGGCGUGCUCUGCAAAACAGCACUUGGAUCCCCGGAAUGGUGAAACCAAAGCAGAUGACAGUUCAAACAAAGAGACAGCAGAAGAGAAACAGGAGGAAGACAAUGACUACCACAGGAGUGAUGAGCAGGUGAGCAUCUGCCUGGAGUGCAACAGCAGCAAACUGCGGGGUCUGAAACGGAAGUGGAUCCGCUGCUCAGCCCAGGCCACUGUGCUGCACCUGAAGAAGUUCAUCGCCAAGAAGCUCAACCUUUCCUCUUUCAAUGAGCUGGACAUCUUAUGCAAUGAGGAGAUCUUGGGCAAGGACCACACCCUCAAGUUCGUGGUGGUCACACGGUGGAGAUUCAAGAAGGCCCCGCUCCUGCUGCACUACAGACCCAAGAUGGACUUGCUGUGAGCCUACAUGGCAGACUCGCACCUGCACCUGGCUGCACUCGGCCAUCCACGGUGACUACGCCGUAGAAUGUUGCAUCUGGGUGCCGUGCGGACCAGAUUUCUGAAUAGAGAAUAUUUAUAACUUUUGUAUAAAAGAAUCCACACCCAACAAGACACUACCAGCACACGUUUACAGAGGAUGAAAACACUUCGCAGUUUCAUGGAGCCGAACGUGCCCUUCUCUGCCUCUGGCCCAGAGGCAGAGUGAUGAGCGCCCGUGACAGGCGUCCGCGCCACCCUCCGGCACAGAUGGCCCUCGCUUGCUUUCCAGGUCUUAAGAAUCAGAGUUCAUUUCAAUUUAGUUCCUGGAUUAGGUUUCAUGAUAAGCCUCAAAACACUUCUACUUUUAUUGAGUCCUUCCUAAGUUAUUGAAACUUGGUAAAUGAUAUUUAUGUUGCCUUUACCUUCCCGAAGGCAUAGAAGAUAUAUAAAAAAAAAACUUAAUUUAAAA